AUGAAUCGCAUGUUUGGUCGCGGCAAAGCGAAGGAACCACCUCCAAAUCUUAAUGAUUGUAUUUCUAGUAUUGAUAGCAGGGGAGAGUCCAUAGACAAAAAAAUUGACCGUUUAGAGGGAGAACUGAAGAAAUACAAGGAUCAAAUGAAGAAGAUGAGAGAAGGUCCAGCAAAAAAUCAGGUCAAACAGAAGGCUUUGAGAGUGUUGAAACAGAAGCGCAUGUAUGAGAACCAGAGAGAUCAGCUGGGUCAACAGUCUUUCAACCUUGAGCAGCAAAACUAUGCGAUUCAGAGCUUAAAGGACACGAAAACAACAGUGGAUGCUAUGAAGAUUGGCGUCAAGGAUUUCAAAAAAGCAUACAAACAUGUAAACAUAGAUCAGAUUGAGAAUAUGCAGGAUGACUUGGAAGAUUUGAUGGAGCAGGGCAGUGAAAUUCAAGAAGUGAUGUCCAGGAGCUAUGGCAUGCCAGAGCUGGAUGAUGAUGACCUGGAGGCGGAGCUGGACGCCCUCGGUGAUGAGCUGCUGGAUGAGGACUCCUCCUACCUUGACGACGCUGUCACUGCUCCCUCGGCACCAACCAGUGAUCCUGGAACUGAGAGCAAAGAUGGUGUGCUGGUGGAUGAGUUUGGUUUGCCUCAGAUACCACAAAGUGCUAAAUAA